AUGCCAAUUCCAAGUAAGCAUACAAAUAUCGGCCGUUCUCAGAGCUGGGAUGCUGCAGGAUGGUAUGAAGGCAACUGGGAGAAUGAAAAUGCAUUUGAAUAUCAGAGACCAACAGGGAGGAGAAAUUCGCUGACUUACGGUGGAGAAGGAGGUUGGUAUGAGCAGCCAAACCAUAGACCGCAUGAUAUCAUCUUGCAAGGAGGUGCGGAAUUGAAGCAAGAGCCAUACCAAUAUCAGGAUCCAGUUUUUAACCAGGGUCCCUUACGGAAGGGUUCUGUUCCCGACUUCACUUACUACGACAGACAGGCUGCAAUGUCUGGACGAAGCUCCUUGCCAUCUCAGGAUUAUUACAGUGACCCAUCUUUAGCCGCUAGAUCACCUAAAGAUCCACGCUACUAUAGAGACCACAUGAUUAAUAGAUCAUUACCGAAUUAUGGGAUUCCCAGUAGCAGAUUGGCUUGGGAUCAGGUACAAGGACGGUCACCUGCCCAACACGAAGCCAGCCGUAUGUAUAGGGAUCCCAUGAGUAAAAUGAUCCAAGAGGGGCAGAGAAUGCGAAACAGAGAUCCUUCUCCUGCAAGGUAUGGUGUUGAACAGCCCACCCCUAGAUAUGGAACAGAACCAUCAUCAUUUCCCAACAGGCAGGUCUAUAGUGAUACAGCAGAGAGACCUAUAGAGUCUGCAGCUGCUAGACAAACUACUCCAACGUGCUUGGUAGUCGAUCCAAAUUCUGCUACUGUUCCUGAUGGGAGCAUAGGUCCAUCUGCCGUUGCUGUAAAUCGUGGUUAUGGACCCAUCAGGGAAAAUGUCAAUGCAAAGAUUCCUUAUGACAGUUAUGAAUCUGCCAUGACUCCUUCUCAUUCUCAGAUGCCCUCAGCUUUCCCAGGACAAGACAUUAAAAGAAACUUUGAUCCGGAGUUCCUAGCACUUCUGCGUUCAGAAGGCGUGUCCGAAAGCACAUUCAAUGCUUUGCUGCAGCAAGGGUUUGAUUCUCCGAGCCUGCUCGCGAUGAUGGAAGAGAAUGAUAUAAAAUCUGUAGCUCCAAAUCUUGGACAGGCCAGGGUGCUUUCCCGCAUUGCCCAUAACUACAAAACAGAAAUUCAGCUACAAAGGCAUGAUAGGAAGAACAGCACACUCCGUCCCAGAACCCGAUCUAACAGCUUUAGUCAUCGAAGUGAACUGCUGCAGAAUGAAUAUGGCAUGCACCCUGCCACGGGUCCUGGUGUAGACGGCACAACUAUGCAGCAACCACCUCCUCCUUCUCUACAGCCAGUAUCACCAAGAGUAGGAGAAAUAAAUCGUCGCCCAUCCAGUGCCCCCACACAGCACCUUCUGGAAACUGCAACUUAUUCUGCAUCUGGGGCAACUCAUCAAGGUGCUCAUUUUCUAGCUAAUUCUGGAUACAACACUCCUUUACCAUGCAACAUGCACACUCGUCCAGUGUCUGCCUAUUCCACUCCAACUGGAUUACCAGGGACUACAGUGCAGACUAACCCACAUGCAAGUCCCAAAACAGCAUAUCCAACUACUUACACAGUGCCCAUGGAGCUGCUGAAGAGGGACCGAAAUACGUCAAUGUCCCCAAUGCAUAGCCCACACAGCAGCCCUCAGCUUCUCCGAAAGCAAGGAGCCCAAAUGGAUUCCACCCUGGCGCUUGCUGGCCCAAGUUUUCACAUGCAACAUUCUCCUUAUCAGAAACUCACCAGACGCACUGGACCACCAGUUAUUGUCUCAACCAUGGCGUCACCUGAACCAAGUAUUCGCCCACAAAUAAUGAAUGGCCCUAUGCAUCCUCGUCCUUUGGUGGCUUUGUUAGAUGGAAGGGACUGUACAGUGGAGAUGCCAAUUUUGAAAGACUUGGCUACUGUUGCAUUCUGUGAUGCACAAUCAACUCAGGAGAUUCACGAGAAGGUAUUAAAUGAAGCCGUUGGGGCAAUGAUGUACCACACUAUCACCCUCACCCGAGAAGAUCUAGAGAAGUUCAAGGCCUUAAGGGUCAUCGUUCGAAUAGGCAGUGGCUAUGACAACAUCGAUAUCAAAGCUGCAGGGGAGCUCGGGAUUGCUGUCUGCAAUAUCCCAUCAGCAGCUGUGGAAGAGACCGCAGAUUCCACCAUAUGCCAUGUCCUAAACCUCUACAGGCGGAACACGUGGCUGUAUCAAGCACUGAGGGAAGGGACCCGGGUGCAGAGUGUGGAACAGAUAAGGGAGGUGGCCUCAGGAGCAGCUCGGAUCAGAGGAGAAACUCUCGGCCUCAUUGGAUUUGGUCGCACCGCGCAGGCAGUUGCAGUUCGAGCCAAGGCAUUUGGAUUCAGUGUGAUAUUUUACGACCCAUACCUGCAGGAUGGGAUAGAAAGGUCUCUGGGCGUCCAGCGAGUCUACACACUCCAGGACCUGCUAUAUCAGAGUGACUGUGUAUCGUUGCACUGUAACCUUAAUGAACAUAAUCACCACCUUAUCAAUGACUUCACGAUUAAGCAGAUGAGGCAGGGAGCAUUCCUAGUAAACACAGCACGCGGUGGGCUUGUGGACGAGAAAGCCUUAACUCAAGCCCUGAAGGAAGGAAGGAUACGAGGAGCAGCGCUUGAUGUGCAUGAAUCAGAGCCAUUUAGUUUUGCUCAAGGCCCAUUGAAAGAUGCUCCUAAUUUAAUUUGUACUCCGCACACUGCUUGGUACAGCGAGCAGGCAUCCCUAGAGAUGAGAGAGGCUGCUGCUACUGAAAUCCGUCGCGCAAUCACAGGUCGCAUCCCAGAAAGCCUAAGAAACUGCGUGAACAAGGAAUUCUUUGUCACAACAGCCCCAUGGUCAGUAAUAGAUCAGCAAGCACUUCAUCCAGAGCUCAAUGGUGCCACAUACAGAUAUCCACCUGGCAUGGUCAGUGUCGCACCUGGAGGGAUUCCAGCAGCAAUGGAGGGCAUCAUACCUGGAGGCAUUCCCGUCACCCACAAUCUUCCAACAGUGGCACACCCUUCCCAAGCUCCAUCUCCUAACCAGCCCACAAAACAUGGGGACAACAGGGAGCACCCUAAUGAGCAAUAGCAGCUAAUUUAAAAAUUAUUCAAUAAACUUGGGACCAAGAGACAUUGGGGAAAAAAAAGUUAUACAGGAACUAAAAAAGGAAUUUGAUACAAAAUUUGUAAUGUUGAUUUUGGACAGAUGCAUCAUUGAUGUUCCAGUGUUAACUACAAUGCGAUAGCAGUCAAGACUGGGGAGAAACCCUGAAGAAGUCACCUGCUUUACUGAAGUACUGACAACUAGGAUGAUAUACAUUAAUGAUCAGCUUCGGUUACUGUGUGUUAAGUUUCCUUCAUCUGUGCAUCAAUCACAAGAAUAAAAUAGAUUUCCCCUUCUCAGCCCUUGGGAAUAAAGGGGCCUAUUGACCUGUAUUUACAGUGUUGCAUCAAGCAAACCUGAAAGAGUUAACAUAAGAAAUUUAAGAGGAAACCAUCAUGUGGAUUCAGCCCCUUCUUUAUUCAAUUGUCUAGUUACCUCUUUUUACAGGAG